AUGUUCGAAUACUACAUCCGAACGUCCCCGACCAGCCGGCGCACAAACUCAUACCACUUCCACCACGACCACCGCGAUCACUCCCACAGCCACCGACACCACUACCGCACGCGAUGCUUCGAUAACUGCGCCGGCAUCUCGCUCGAGCAAUGGAACACGCUCUGCGACCAAAAUAAAUCCGUACUCGCCUCCAACGAGGCGCUGACCUGCGAAAAUCAGACCCUCAAAAACGAUCUCUCGACUUCGAAUGCUGAGAACGCGCGUCUGGUCGCGUGUAACCAACAACUCGGCGACGAGAUCGAAGGGUUACGCCGCUCGCUUGACCGUGGGGAAAAUGCAGAGCGAUUCCGCAGACGGGUUGCUGCGCUAAGAGCAGAGGUUGGGGGGAAGGAGAAGGAUGUGCACCGGUUGGAGAAAGAUAAUGCUAGUCUGGUGAAAGAGAACGCUACACUUACUACAAGAGUAAAAGUAUUAACAGAGACUGUGUCUGGGCUUUUUGGGUUUGAGAGACUGUAUGAAGAUUUUAAGGAGCGGUAUGAGAAGGCUAGAAGAUUGCUGGCGGCGCGCACGAAGGAGUUGGAUGAGAGUAAUGCGUUGGUGGAUGAGCAGAGGAGAAUGUUGAGACGGUAUGAGACGCCGUUGCCGCCGAGACGGCGGUAUAGUUUUGUAUGA